AUGUAUAUUUUUAAUUUAUCCUUCUUCUCCUCCUUUUCUUCUUCUUCUUCUUCAUCAACUGAUCCACUUGUUCGUUCAACUAAUUCUGGACGUGUUCGUGGUUUUGACUCACAUUUUUAUACAUCGGAUUCACGACGUCUUCACCAUGUUCGUGCUUGGCUUGGCAUUCCAUUUGCUAAACCACCUGUAGGACAACGUCGCUUUAAAGCUCCCGAACGUGUUGAACCAUGGUCAGGUAUACUUGAUACAAUACAUUUUCCAGCAACUUGUUGGCAAACAGAACAAAUUGUCUAUAAUCUUGAAGCAGAAAAAAUUUGGUCACCAGUUACAAAUUGCAGUGAAGAUUGUCUAUAUUUAAAUAUAUGGGCACCGGUUAGUAAUAUACAGCCAACACAACCAAUGGCUGUUCUUGUUUGGAUUUAUGGUGGAGCUUUUGUAACCGGUUCAAGUGCAAUUGAUCUGUACGAUGGAAGAAUAUUGGCUGCUACAAAUAAUGUUAUUGUUGUUUCUAUGCAAUAUCGUUUGCAAAGUUUGGGAUUCUUAUUUCUUGAUAGACCAGAUGCACCUGGUAAUCAAGGUUUAUAUGAUCAAGUUCUUGCUUUAGAAUGGAUACAUCAUAAUAUAGUUUAUUUUGAUGGUGAUAGUCAACGAAUUACUUUAUUCGGUGAAUCAGCUGGUGCUGUAGCCGUUGGCUUUCAUUUAUUAUCACCUCGUAGUCGAGCUUUGUUCUCUAAUGGUAUUCUAGAGAGCGGAGGGCCAACAUGCACUUGGGCAUAUAUAACAGCUCAAGAAGGACGUAGACGAUCACACAAAUAUUUAAAUGAAUUUUAUUCACUCGUAACAAAGCGUCUAUCCGAUGAACACUAUCGUGAUGAACGUGAUAAAAUUCCUGAAGUUUGUCAGCGUGGACCAAAUGUUGAUGAUGUUGAAGUUAUGUUUGAAUGUGCAACUAAUUAUCCGAUUCUUAAUGAAGAUCAUUAUGCCUAUAUAACAAAUGCUGAAUAUACAAUUCAAGAUGGGGGUCCAAUGUUUUUUCUUCUCAUGCCUGUUGUUGAUGGCACAUUUUUACCUCAAAAUCCAUUAACAAUGCUUAAAACUGGAAAUUUUAAGAAGUGUCCAAUUUUAUUGGGUGCAAAUCGUGAUGAAGGGUCAUAUUUCAUGGUUUAUGCUCAAGGUAAUGAGAAAACACCAGGUAAUGCUAUACCUGAUGUAAGUUAUACGACAUUUAUAAAGCAUCUUGAACUCUAUUAUAAUUAUAUACCUUCGUAUCCAUAUAAAACUCCACGUAUUGUUUUUCAAUCAUUAAUUCAAAAAUAUACAGAUUGGUCUGAUUGGUCAGAUAACUUACGAAAUGCUGUCAUAUUAAGUUAUGCUGUUGGUGAUGGUUACUUUACAUGUCCAACAGUAACUGUCGCAAAUGCAUAUGCAAUGCAACACAUGCCAGUUUAUUAUUAUCAUUUUGUUGCAAGACCAUCAACUAGUGAUUGGCAUUCAUGGACAGGUGUUAUGCAUGGAGAUGAAUUAAUGUUUGUCUUUGGUGAACCUCUUAAUGCAACUGAUAGUAAAUUAUAUAAGUACGAAGAAAUUCAAUUGGCUAGAAGAAUAAUGACGUAUUGGUCAAAUUUUGCUAAAUAUGGAAAUCCAAAUGGUCAUUUAAGUGCAAAUGAUAGUGAUUGGCCACUCUAUGCUUUUCCUGAACGUGCACAUGUAGUACUUGACGUUGUUAACAAAUCUACUGGUGUUGCACAUCGUGCUGAUUAUUGUGCAUUUUGGGAAAAUUAUGUGCCUAUUUUAUUAGAGGAAUUUGAACGUUGUGUCAUUCAUGGUCCUUCAUUAGCCUUAAAACAUGAAAAAUCGUCAAUAUCAUCGAGAAUAAAUGCAUGUUUAGAUAUUCUCCUUUUGUGUAUGAUUAGUCUUCACUUCAAGAGAUUGAUCUAA